AUGUCUGUCAAGAAUGAUAAGCUAACCCAUAAUGAUUUUCUCUAUUCAGCUCCUUUGUUAUUGUAUUCUUCUCCUAUGAUACUCGAUUCUUAUAUCAAUAAUGAUAGUGGUAGAAAAAGUUUUGAAUUGUUUAGAAAGUCUUAUAAUAGUAUUAAUGGUUACAAAAAUUUAGAUACAAAUGUGAUUGUAUCUUACAGGAGAUUGAAAAUAGGCUCAAAAAAAAUCUCUCACAUCGUUGUGUCGGAUAUAGAAUGGAACUAUUUGGAUAAAGCUAUGUCUAAUUUGACUAAUAAUAAAAAUACGCCCUCUCAAGAUGACUUUGAAGAUUAA